AUGGCCUCAGAAACCAACAAUCCCUCAAGAGAAGACCAAUCCCCCUCACCACCCCCUCAACCCCCGAUCGCUCAAACGCCUGGUCCCCGCGUUACUCGCCUGCAAGAGAUCUACGCGCAGGCACUGGCCCGCACGCUCCGCGCAAACUCAUACGCCAACUUCGCCGCUUGUUUCCCGACGCCCGCGAAACAUGUCCCUGCUAGUCUGGAGAAUGUCUGGCGCCAGCUGAAUGCGAAGCUGGAGGAGAGCGCCAAGGCAGAAUUUGAGGAGAUUCUGGUCGAGAGGGAUGCGAUUGCGCAAUUGAAUGAGUUGGAUCGUUUGGUCGGGGAGGCUAGGGCUCGACGAGAGGCCGAGGCUACAGCGGGUGGUGGUGACACGGAUAUGGAUGGGGGAGAGAAAAUCCCGCCGCAUACAUUACCCCCGGACGAAUUGUUUAGAGCUCACCUGACGCCGCAGUUAGAGAAGACGAAGGCUGUUCUGGAUGGUAAAAUACAAAUUACGGAGACUGAAAAUCUGGAGCUCGCGCAGCGCGUACAGGCUCAGCGGGCUGAGAUUGAACGUUUACUGGCUGGUUUAGAGACUGUUGUUGCUGACGUGGAGGGUGCUGCGGCCGCGGCAACCGAAUACGGGUGUGAGAAUAAUCUUCGCAAAGACGCUAUGCAGAUGGACGAGGAAGUCAAGGCCGUGUCGGAGCAAUAA